AUGUCCUCGGAAAAUACCAAAAGCCAGUAUACCCAACCAACAGAAAAAACCGAUCCUAUACCGGACUCGACUCCCGACGUAGUAGACCCCCCAGCUGGUGGCGCCUUCUCGAAUAUCUCAGCCUCAGCAUCGGAUCUUCUUUCUUCCAUCACUGGCCCUUCUUCUGCCUCUUUAAUUACUGACUCGCUUGCUUCCUCAUCAUACCUGGCUUCUACAAAGUCAAAUAAUCAAGAACGUCGACCCCACAGUACCUAUACAGACCCCUCUACCUCAGCUGGAGGCCUCUCUACCGAUCAUCAUCCUCCUUCACUAGCUUUUACUCCUAUAUCCACUGCUACUACAAGUGGAACCGGCGGAUUUCGAAGCCAGCAGCCGCACCAACCUUAUUCUGUAGAGGACUCCGGCAUAAAUGGCUUUACGCAUACUACAGAGCUAGAAUCGGAUGGCCAUGACGUUGUUUCUCUCCUCUCACAACCCCUCACCUCAGAAAUAUACUCCCCAGACCUAGAUCUUCAGGGAAUGAAGUUAACAAAUCCAACAAUCCGCCUAUUCGUAGCCUGUGAUGAUCCUGUCGAGUUUCUCUCCACUCUGGACGUGUAUACGGAAGAGGUUUGGGGGAAUGCUGUAGAAGUGGUACGGCAAGCUAGGGAAGAAAUUAUGGCCGAUAAAAAGGGGAAGCAAAAGCAAGGUAUCCAUGGGAGAGCUGCGACUGAGAGAUUAAGAAUGAUUUGGGGCCAUCUAAAGGGCACACCUGUGUAA